AGAGGGCGGGAAAAGCGGACGGACAGAGAGAGAGAGAGAGAGAGAGGGAGGGGCGGAGGAGCCAGGCCACCUCCCACUGACAGUGACUCGGACACCGGGAGGGACGGUAACCGGAGAGACCAUGACAGAGAACGGAGCCGGCGGAGGAGGGGGCCUGGGUCACGGCCACGGCCACGGCCACAACGGGGAGCUGAGCUGCGGCCCGGAGCCGGGCGAGAGGCCGAGGCCCCGGCUCAAGAAGCCCGAGCUGGGCAACCGAGUGACGGUGGUGCUGGGCGCGCAGUGGGGGGACGAAGGCAAGGGCAAAGUGGUGGAUCUGUUGGCGCAGGACGCCGACAUCGUGUGCCGCUGCCAGGUGAGGGGGAGGAGGGAGCGGAGACUCCCGGGGUUUCCCCGUCUCUAACCCGCGGGCUGGGCCCAGGCCCGAGGCCUCUGUGUUGCCAGAGGAGACAGUCAGCAAACUCCCUCUCUCUGUCCUCACUCCUCCUUGUCUUCCCUUUCUCUCGUUCUCUUUUUUCCCCUCUCUCUGUC